ACGAGGCCGCGCAGAGCCGCCCGCCGCCCUGAGGACUACGCUACCCAGAGGGCAUUGGUGCGAGAGCCGGAAGCGCGAAGCGGCCGCAAGGGGUUGUAGGAGGCGGGCUUCUUCCUUUCCGGCGUCGGCCGCCAUCAGCAGGUAGACAAGAAUGGGUGCCUACAAGUACAUCCAAGAGCUAUGGAGGAAAAAGCAGUCAGAUGUGAUGCGUUUCCUCCUUCGUGUCCGCUGUUGGCAGUAUCGCCAGUUGUCUGCCUUGCAUCGAGCUCCCCGGCCAACCAGACCAGACAAAGCUCGGAGGCUGGGAUACAAGGCUAAGCAAGGUUACGUUAUCUACCGCAUCCGUGUUCGCCGUGGUGGUCGUAAACGCCCUGUCCCAAAAGGUGCAACCUAUGGUAAACCUGUGCAUCAUGGAGUUAACCAGCUGAAGUUUGCCCGGAGUCUUCAGUCUGUAGCAGAGGAACGUGCUGGCCGUCACUGUGGGGCUCUGAGAGUCUUGAACUCCUAUUGGGUGGGUGAAGACUCCACUUACAAGUUUUUCGAAGUGAUCCUGAUUGAUCCCUUCCAUAAGGCCAUCAGGCGCAACCCUGAUACCCAAUGGAUCACCAAGCCAGUUCACAAACACAGAGAGAUGCGUGGGCUGACAUCAGCCGGACGGAAGAGUCGUGGUCUUGGCAAGGGCCACAAAUUCCAUCAUACCAUUGGUGGCUCGCGUCGUGCUGCCUGGAGAAGACGCAAUACCCUGCAGCUGCACCGUUACCGUUAAUGCUUGUAAAUCUAAUGAUCUAAUAAAGCUUAUGCAGGUUGUUGAAUUUAACAA